AUGAUCCGUGACAGGCUGAAUAUUGCUCUGUCUUUGGAGUAUGCAAGCAAAACAAAACAACAGUGUCAUUUUUAUCAUGCCCAUGAUCGGUUAAACCAGCAACCACUACAUGGAGAACAACGAGAGCACAUGUGGAGAGUCAAAUCUUCUGUUACUAGAGACACCUUAGGAAAGCUGCCAUUAGUUCACGGAAUAAAAGUUAUGGUGACAGAAAAUAUUGCAAUCUGUAAAAAAAUUGUAAAUGGGUCCGAAGGAACUUUGCAUAGCCUACAUUAUACUACAGAUGAAGAUGGCAACCAAUAUGCAGCUGUUGCAUAUAUUCAUGUUCCAUUGUGUGGUAUGCGCAUCACUGACUUACCAGAUGAUGUUGUGCCAAUAUUUCCUGUUCGCUCUUCAUUUCAGUACAAAUCUCCAAAUAAUGGCCCACGGUUCACUAUUAGUAGAACACAGCUCCCACUAGUUCCUGCUUACUCUUAUACAGACUACAAAAGCCAAGGAAGAUCAUUAUCCCAUGCUAUUGUUGAUCUUGCAAGCGCAAAAAGCUUACAGGGUGUCUAUGUUAUGCUUUCACGUGUCCGAAACUUAAAAGGACUUGCUGUGUUACGUUGGGUCCCACCACAACAUAUAAAUCAACGAUUGUCAGAGGAGAUACGUGAUGAACUGACUUGCAUCCAAUAUCUGCAUGAACAAACUAUGACUCAGGAAAUGUAG